UAAGACAUGAGCCUUUCCAUAAGGUCUUACUGAUCAGAAGACAAAACAAAUAAAUUAAUUGGCGCCAUAUUAUACUGGAACUUGUAACGUAAACCUUCCUAUUUUACUUCACACAAACAUCAAAUUUUCAUGGAUUAGAGCUUUAAAUCUCAAUUAAUUCUGCACAUGAGUCAUAAUAUUGCAAAAUUAGUCACAAAUGGUAAUUACAAAGAAGCUUUACUUUUAUAUUCCCAACUUCGUUUUUCUUCAACACCCAUCAACAAUUUCUGUUACCCGCGUCUUCUCAAAGCUUGCGCCAAACUUAACUACCUUCAUCAAGGCCAAAUCCUUCAUACCCAUCUCAUAAAAUCUGGGUUUCAUUGCGAUACAUACAUUGCAACAGCUCUUACUCAUAUGUACAUGAAAUUUCAACAUGUCAAAUCUGCCCUUAAACUGUUCGAUGAAAUGCCUCAACGAAAUGAAGCUUCUGUUAAUGCUAUGAUAUCUGGGUUUUCGCAAAAUGGGUAUCUUGGAGAAGCUCUUUUGGUGUUCAGAGAGGUUGGUUUGAAGAGGUUUAGGCCUAAUUCUGUUAUGAUUGCUAGUGUGUUAUCGGCUUGUGAUGUUGUUGGAAAUGGUAGUCAGGUUCACUGUUGGGCGGUAAAGAUGGGUGUCGAUAGCGAUGUUUUUGUCGCAACUGGGGUUGUCACUAUGUAUAUGACUUGCUUUGAAGUGUUGUCUGCGACACGGGCCUUUGGAAUGAUGAAGUACAAGAAUGUAGUGAGUUAUAAUGCGUUUAUGUCUGGAUUAGUUGAAAAUGGUGUUUAUCGAGUUGUUUUCAAGGCGUUUAAGGACAUGCUUGAGUCUUCCGGGGAUGUUCCUAACUUAGUCACAUUGGUUACAGUUUUGAGUGCGUGUUCGAAUGUGCCUAAUCUUAGAUUUGGAAGACAGGUUCAUGGGAUUGCUGUAAAAGUUGGAUUACAACUUGAUAUUAUGGUUGGAACUGCACUUGUAGAUAUGUAUGCUAAAUGUGGCUCCUACUCCGGCUAUCAUUUAUUCAGAGAAAUGAAGGAUAUUAGGAAUCUAAUUACAUGGAAUUCAAUCAUUGCUGGUAUGUUCUUGACAGGUGAUUGUGAUACUGCCCUGGAAUUGUUCUCUGAACUGGAAUCUGAAGGAUUGGUACCAGAUUCUGCAACUUGGAAUACGAUGAUUAGUGGGUUUUCAAAACAUGGAAAAUAUGAGAGAGCAAUUCAGUUCUUCACUGAGAUGUUAUUAGAAGGAAAUGCUCCAAGUUUGAAGUCUCUUACUAGCCUUCUGGAUGCAUGUUCCAUGAUCUCCUCUUUGCAGCUUGGAAAGCAAAUUCAUGCACGCGUUACUAGAGUUGAUAUCAACGAUGAUGAGUUCUUCACUACCGCCCUCAUUGAUAUGUACAUGAAGUGUGGACAAUCUACCUGGGCACGUAGGAUUUUUGACCACCUUGAGAUCAAACCUCGCGACCCAGCAUUUUGGAAUGCGAUGAUUGCAGGAUACGGAAAAAAUGGCGAAGAAGUGUCUGCAUUUGAAAUUUUCGAUCAAAUGCAGAAGGAGACUGUUGAGCCUAAUAGCGGCACUUUUGCCAACUUGCUGUCUGUGUGCAGUCAUUCGGGUCAAGUUGACAAAGGAUUACAAGUAUUUGAGAUGAUGACUACAGAAUAUGGCCUGACACCAACUCCGCAGCAUUUUUCUUGUAUUAUUUACCUAUUGGGUCGAUCUGGACACCUCCAGAAAGUUCAAGAAUUGAUACAUAAACUUCCAGAGACUUCUAGCUCUGUUUACUCUUCAUUGCUUGGCGCUGCGGGCCAUCAUUUGGAUCCGAAGCUUGGCGAAGAUAUGGCAAAGGAACUUUCUGAGUUAGAUCCCCAAAAUCCGACUACUUUUGUCGUUUUGUCUAAUAUAUAUGCAGCAAUGGGGAAGUGGGAUGAUGUUGAGAGAAUUAGGAAUAUGAUUGAUGUUAAGCGACUGGAGAAGAAUCCGGGUUAUAGUUUACAAAUUCCUUGAAAAGAACCACAUUUUUCAUCCUGACGAACAGCCAAAAAAGCCAAAAAUACACCCACUGAGUCUAAGAAUGAAAACGCUAUCAUCCCAGUUGGCUGCUACAACUGUAAAAUGAUAAAUCAAUGGGGAUAAAGACGCGGCUGUUUGUUAAGGAGUGUCUGGGCAGUAUGAAUUAAAUGAUAAUCAAGAAGCAAAUGCAAACUGUGGACACAUGAUGUAAGGUUUGCUGAAAGCGCAUUUUCUGCUGGAAUUCUUCGCGACUGCACAAGAGAAGGUAGUCUGUCUGCUGCAAGUUGCAGACUUACAGAGAAACAAUUCCCUUUCUCUACAAGUUGAUUUUGAUUACAGGACAUUUGGAUGAUUAAGAUGCUUACUACAUUAUCAUGCCAAUUCUCAUAGUGGUAACUGGUAAGUAAGCUCUACGGCUGCAAGAGUGACGAAAUGUGCUGAUCUAUUUCAGAAAGAGUGUUUUUUUUUGUCCAAAAUUUUGUAUUGAAAUAUACAUUAUAUAAGAGUAUUCAUCUACAUACUAUAUGAGAAGUAUGUCAGUUUGUUUGAUAUAUACAAUCAACGAAGUUGUCUCCUUGCAUCA